AUGCAAUAUCAUCAUAAUUGUUAUCCAAAUAUUUUAUUUAUAAUUAUUUUACUACUUAAAUCAAUUAUAAGUAGUCCUCAAAUCCCAAUCAUGAUUUAUAAUCUUGCUGAUGAAACACCAACUGGUUCAUUAAUUGGUAAUAUAGCAGAAAAUUUAUCAUUCAGUCCUAUAAGAAACUAUACAUACUUAUUCAUUACAUCAAUGAAAUUUCAAUAUAUCAAUGAUUAUAUAAAAAUUACAUCGAAUGGUGAUAUCAUCACAUUACGUCAUAUAGAUCGUGAUAAUACAAAUGAUAUAUGUGGUCCAUUAAAUUGUUGUCCAUUACUCGUAUGUCAAAUUGAAGCGAAUAUCAUUUUAACUAAACAAUGGAAUACUCAUUGGAAACAUGAUUUGAAUGAAGUGAAUCAUUCAUUCAUGAAAGAUCAUCGUAUUCCUGAUGAAGAUGAAGAACAAUUGAGACGAAACUCGAUAAAAUUGAAUGAAUCUAAUCAACAACAAAGUAUGAUACAUUUAUAUAUACGAAUUAAUGAUGCAAACGAUAAUCCACCACGUUUUUUUAUGUCAACGAAUAUGAUUCAAUAUGAUUCAUUCAAUAGAUCACAACAACAAUUAUUGAAUAGACCAUUUAUUAUUUAUAUACGUGAAGGGGAUACAAAUGGAUUUGAAGGUUUACCUAUUGCUUCAGAUGCAGAUUCUGAACUCAAUGGUAUAGUGAUGUAUCAACUCAUUGAAUAUACAAAUAAUGGAGAUCCUGUGAAAGAACCUCGAUUAAAUAUUACUAUGACAUAUGAUCAUAUUCAUUCAAUCAAUCCAAAAUUAAUACUUCUUCGAUCAUUAGAUUAUGAAAAUAUAGAUGAUCGUGAAAUCUAUGCUACAUUCUAUGCCAUUGAUGGAGGUGAUUCAUCAUUAACUGGUUCAUUAUCAAUUAUCAUUCGUUUAUUAGAUAUGAAUGAUAAUCCCCCGAUUAUUAUGAAGCAAUCUACAAAGCCAGAACAAUACAUUACAUUACCAGAGAAUACAACAUUAGAUAAUAAACCAUUCUAUAUAGUGAAUGCAACAGAUGCUGAUUCUGGUGAGAAUAGUCGUUUAAUCUAUUCAUUUAGUCCAUUAGCUAAUAGUCUGAUUCCAAUGAAAUUUCAUAUUGAUUCAAUCAAUGGUGCGAUUAGAAUACGUGAACCAUUAGAUUAUGAAGUAUAUUCUCAACGUCAAUUCUUGUUGCCAAUUAUUGUCAAGGAUUCUGGUAGUCCACCAUUAUCAUGCACGACGUCGAUUUCUAUUCAAAUUAAAGAUAUUAAUGAUAAUAUACCAACAUUAAUGAUACAAAAGAAUAUGACUAUACCUGAAGGACAAUUAUUUACAAAACCAAUUAUACGAUUUUACAUUAAGGAUGAAGAUGAAGUAUCUCAUGGGAAAAUCCUUUGUAAACCAACUUCAUUAGAAUCAAAUCAUCUACAAGAUAAAGAACUUCUAGCUGGUCAAGAUUAUCUACGUUUACAUCCAGUCUCUGAUAGUGUAUUUUUUAUAUUUACAAAAGGUAUAUUUGAUUAUGAACAGACUCCAUAUGCUUCAUUAUUAAUUGACUGUUAUGAUUUCGCUGAUAUAGAACCAUUCAAUAAAGUAAAUUUCACUUUACAACACUUUCAACAGAAGGAUCUAUUGAAACAUCUAUAUCAAUUUCGUAUCACUGUAGCUAUCUCUGAUCAAAAUGAUAAUAUACCUAUAUUUAAACAAUCCAAAUAUUCUAUUCAAAUACCAGAACAUCUAUCAGAUGGAUCAUAUAUUACUGAAAUGAAAGCCUAUGAUUUAGAUAAAGGUGAAUAUGGACAAUUAAUUUAUCAAUUAAAAUCAAUUACAUUCAAUUAUAUUGGUGAUCAUGAUCCUGAUCAUGAUGAAGAAGAUCCAGAUCAUUCGAAGUAUUCAAGACAUCCAAAUGAAUAUGAACAACCAUUUGAAAUUCAUCCACUCAAUGGUAUCAUUACAGUAGUACAUAAUCAGUUAUUAGAUCGUGAACAAAUUGAAUAUUUUUAUUUAAAUAUAUUAGCUAAAGAUAAAGGAAAUUUAACUACUCAAACACAAUUAAUUAUACAAUUAAUCGAUAUCAAUGAUCAUUUACCAAUAUUAUAUAAUAAUAAUCAUAUCAAUAUUGAUUUUCAAGAAAAUCAAAAAAUCAAUACUUUUAUUGAUUUUAUACAUUUAAUUGAUUUAGAUAAAGAUUCCAGCAAUUCAAUGAUACAUUUAUUAUUAGACAAUAAUAAUCCAUCAAUCAAUACUCAAUCAAUCAAUAAUCCAUCGAUCAAUAACCAAUCAAUCAAUCAUCAAUAUAAUCAUUAUAUUAAAAUUAUACCCGAUAUCAAUUUUCAUUAUAAACAAAUCAAUCAAAAUGAAUUAAUGAAUGAAUAUGAAUUAAAAGCAAUAUUGAUUAAUCAAUUAAUUAUUGAUCGUGAAAAAAUCAAUAAAAUUUUUUAUCAAAUUAUUACAUAUAAUACUGAUAAUAAUAAUAUAAAAUCAAUAAAUAGUAUAACAUAUACAUUAACUAUCAAUAUAUUAGAUGAAAAUGAUAAUAUACCAAUAUGUACAUAUCCUAUUUAUAAUAGUAUUAUUGGUGAUUAUGAUCCAGAUCAAGAUCAUGAUCCAGAUCCAGAUCAUUCCAUAAUGAUUUAUACAAACACACCAAUUUAUACAUUCGUUAUACAAUUGAAAGGUUAUGAUCCAGAUCAUGGCUUAAAUGGUACUAUAUUAUAUCAAUUAAAUCCAUUGACUAAUGGUAGUCAAUAUUUUUAUUUAAAUGAAUCGAAUGGUAAAUUAUAUACAAAUUGGUUCAUGGAUUCAUUAUAUGAUUCCACAAUGAUUAAUAUGGAUACUAAUCCAUCAUAUGAUCCACCUAUUGAAGGGAUCUAUCAUAUCAAGAUAUCACUUAAAGAUAUGGGUAUACCAUCUUUAUCAUCAAAUGAAACACAAUUUUUCAUUAAAAUUCAUUCAUUUGAUCCAUCGAUAAUCAAUAAUCAAUCAAUCAUCCAUUCGAAUCAUAAAACAAUGAAAUUUUGGUUAUCUAAUCACCAUCAUCAUCAGAAUCAAUUUUUAUGGAUUUUAUGGAUUAUUUCAAUGAUAUUAUUGAUUAUUAUUAUUAUAAGUAGUAUCAUGAUAUGGAUACAGUCUUAUUGUAAACAAAAACUCAAUCAUCCAAUUAUCAUAUCAACAACAACAACAACCAAAAAUCAUUAUCAAUCAUUAAAGAAACCAUAUCUAAUUACUUGUUUAUCAACCAAUAAAAAAUAUCAAUAUUCAUCGAAAAUCAAUAAUCAUAAUAAUCAAUCAAUUUGGCCAGAUACAAAUAUCAUUCAUCAAUCAAUAAAUGAUCAUCUAAAUGUCAAUACUACUACUAGUAGUAAUACUACUUAUAAUGAUCCAUUUCAUUACACAAAUCAUUUACAAACAAAUCCAAUGUGUUCAUUACCUUGCUCAUAUGACACUGGUAACCAUAGCAACAAUAAUAACACUAAUGAUUAUUAUUAUCAUAAUAAUAAUCAAUUGAUAGGACAAAAGUAUACUUCAUUCAAUACAUCAAAUCUAUCAAUUAAUCAUUUGAGUAGUUCUAUGAAUGGAACAUUGACAAAUGAUCAUUUUAAUCAUGAUGUACAUAUACAAUCAUCAUUACAUAGAACAAUUGGAAAUUCUAUUGUUUAUUCAACAUAUACGAAUUCAUAUUUAUCACCUACAUAUGACCAUAGUUAUUAUGAUGAUCAAUAUCAACAUCAACAAAGAAAUAUGAAAUUCUAAUGAACAUAUACCCUAUUACAUACCCUUUACCUCUUGAUGGAGUUUGUUCUCCAUCAAAGUCAUCCAUCUGAACUACAAAUCUUCUCCACCAUCUCAAUCCUUUACAUCAUUGAAAUCAAUAUACUUUUAUCUUCAACAAAGAUGAACGUUAUAUUGAUCUUCACUUUCAACAGUUCCCCAACUGUAACACUUUAU